AUGAAAGGCUUCCUCGGCUUAUCGCUGCUACCGCUGUUGGCAGCUGCAUCACCCGUGGCAGUUGGCUCCAUCCACAACGACGCUGCCCCCAUCCUCUCAUCUGUGAAUGCCGAGGAAAUCCCAGACUCGUACAUCAUUGUGUUUAAGAAUCACGUUGAUUCAUCAGUUGCCGCCGCUCACCAUGACUGGGUUCAGGAUAUCCACUCCUCCCAGCAGCGUAUGGAGCUGAAGAAGCGUUCGCUGUUCGGCUUUGACGAUGAUGCCUUCCUGGGCGUAAAGCACACUUUCCACGUCGCUGGUUCGCUGAUGGGAUACGCCGGUCACUUCCACGAGGAUGUCAUCGAGCAGGUCCGCCGACACCCCGAUGUUGAUUACAUCGAGAAGGACUCUGAGGUCCGCGCCAACGCAGAGCCAUCUUUGGAGAAGAACGCCCCUUGGGGUUUGGCUCGUAUCUCCCACCGUGACAGCCUUACUUUCGGUACCUUCAACAAGUACUUGUACGCCUCGGAGGGCGGUGAGGGUGUUGAUGCUUAUGUUAUUGAUACUGGUACCAACACUGAGCACGUUGACUUUGAGGGUCGUGCCAACUGGGGUAAGACCAUCCCUCAGGGUGAUGAAGAUGAGGAUGGAAACGGACACGGUACUCACUGCUCUGGCACCAUUGCCGGCAAGAAGUAUGGUGUUGCCAAGAAGGCCAACGUCUACGCCGUCAAGGUCCUGCGCUCUAAUGGCUCUGGUACUAUGUCUGAUGUCGUGAAGGGUGUCGAGUGGGCUGCCGAAGCUCACAUCAAGAAGGUCAAGACUGCCAAGGACGGUAAGGCCAAGAACUUCAAGGGUAGCGUUGCCAACAUGUCCCUGGGUGGUGGCAGCUCGCGUACUCUGGACCUUGCUGUCAAUGCCGCUGUUGAGGCUGGCAUUCACUUCGCCGUCGCCGCUGGUAACGACAAUGCUGAUGCUUGCAACUACUCUCCCGCCGCCGCCGAGCUCGCUGUCACUGUCGGUGCCUCUACUCUCUCUGACGACCGUGCUUACUUCUCCAACUACGGAAAGUGCACUGACAUCUUUGCCCCUGGCCUGAACAUUCUGUCCACCUGGAUUGGCAGCCAGUACGCUGUGAACACUAUUUCGGGAACCUCCAUGGCCUCCCCCCACAUUGCUGGUCUCCUGGCAUACUACGUUUCUCUGCAGCCCUCAUCUAGCUCGGCUUACGCUGUCGCCGAGAUCACUCCCAAGAAGCUCAAGGAGGCCAUCAUCGCUGUCUCUACCAAGGGCGCUCUUAGCGACAUUCCUUCGGAUACCCCUAACCUCCUCGCCUGGAAUGGUGGUGGUUCUUCCAACUACUCUGACAUCGUUUCCGAGGGCGGUUACACUGUUGCCUCUGAGGCUGGUGUUGAGGAGCGUCUCAAGGAGCUUCUCGGUGAGGCUGAGAAGACCUUCCACAAGGAGAUGGGUGCCAUUUACAGCGAGAUCAAGGAUGCUGUUAUGGCCUAG